GUUUAACCUCCUCUCCUCUCCUCUCCUCGUUUCCCCCCCUCCACCGCCAUCCACCUUUGAUCUCGCCAGCAAUUCAUCUCUCCAAUCGACCCGGGAUCUCUUGCAUACGUCUCUCUCAGCGAACGUUUCCGACAUUCUCCACGCCUCGUAUGUGUCUCGGGGACAAAUAGUCGUCGCGGCCGUGUUAUAAGCUCCGUGCCUUGGCACCUAACUUCCCUGCGUAGACAGCUUUGACCGGUGACAAUCAGCAUUGAAUCUGCAAACCCCGCCUCGCUCGCCCGUCUUCUGCCAGGCCGUUAUCACCGGCCGCUGAACGGAGUCGUAAUGGCUCAAUCGGCCGAUCACCUCGUCGAUCAGAUCGCGCAGCUUAAUGCUGCCCGCAAUCUCGUUCUGGGCGAUGCCGCCUUCUACCCCCAGAUUGUGAACGGUGUUCUUCCUAUAAUCGGAUCGCGUGCGCGACUAGAACUGCGGAGAUGGGGCGCGGAGUUUCUGGCCGAAACAUUUUCUAGCCCGGCGCUGGCCUCGACACAGAAGGAGCAGCUGGCCGCCAACGUCCUACAGGCGCAGCGCGAGAUACUGGAGUUACCGGAAGGAGAUCCCUUGGUCCUGAAACAUAUAGUGCAGAGUGCUGCCAGUCUGUAUCCGUUGGUGUUUAGGCAUAUUAUAAACCAUCCGCGAGAUGGAGCCAUGUGGGAGAAUAUGACCGCUAUCAAACAGGGUAUCCUGCGGCGAUGGGACUCCUUUCCUUCGCAGGUCAAGAUCUGUUGCAUCAAGUUCGUUCAACGCGUGGUUCAAGUGCAGACCCAUGGACCGAUUGCGGACCCUAGACGACCUGACCAGAACGAAACCUCCUUGGCUAUCGUGUCUCGCAAUCAUCCCGUUUUGUCACUUCCUAACCUCGAGGCAGAAGCCUCUGGACUUCUGGAUAGACUUCUGUCUGCUCUGCAGGAAGAAUCGAGCGAUCCCAUCCUCGUGAACGCAACACUGAACUGCCUGGCAGUUCUCAUCCGCAGUCGGCAGUCCAUCGGCAACAAAAUCAUCAAUGCGAUCAUGAAUUUCUUCCCUGCGAGACAAGUACGCCCACCCAUAACUCCCGCUAUCCGGGUCGGAGUCAAAUCGAUGGAAAGAACCGCCAGGGCCGUUCUCGAACAUAUAAUGAAGAGGAAUGCCAACCAUCCAUUCUUUCGUAAGAUGGAACAGCACGUCGAUCGGCUGAAGAACUCACGCCUCGAGAUCGUCGACGACGCAACAAGGAAACGUGGACCACCUGCCGAACCCACGGACGGGCUUGACAAAACGAAACGAACGAAACUUGACGCAGAGACGCCGCCCUUGGUCAAAAUUCCGCCACUUCCUCCUGGCCCAACCAGUUACUCGCAGCUCUUUACCCUGACGGAGGAUGCUGAAGCUUCACGCUUUGAUGUCAAGCAACUACCUCCAGAUCUCCUUGUCAACAUCGUCGUUCCCAUUCUCGCUCGAGUGGAUCAGUCGGCGUUGACCCAGUCUAUCGAUGCCAUUCGCAUGCGCUACGAGACAAUUCAGAAGAGACAGGCCGUGCAGGCUCCGGCGGCGGCAGCGGCAGCGGCUGCCGACGACGACGACGAUUACGAGCCAGAGUACCAACCUAUGGACGUUGCAGAACCGGCGCGCGAGCAGGCGGAUGCUGUGGCGGCCGAAGUAGCAGAAAUUCAGCCAGAUCUUGUCUCAUUGGGACCGUUCGUCUUACCUCAGCCCCCUCCGCUAUCAGAGGCCGAGGCUGCAGACGUUGGACGCAGUGCUGUCGGGAGAGUAUUCGGUAUGCUAGCGUCUAGUGCAGUCGCCUCGAAUCCGGCGAAGGGAAAGAAUCAGCAGCAGCCGGGAUUUGCUCGAUUGGCCGGUAGCACCUUCGAUCGAGACGCCUGGGUCACUCUACUCACCCGACUCGCCACAAGAGCUCCAGCAGGCCUGGAAACGGGGACAGGGAAAUUCGGACAAGAUGCAUCGAGUCGAGGCAAGGCAACGAUCUCUAAUACAAUCCGGGAGACUCUAUAUCGGUACAUCUUGGAGGACUUCCGGGGCCGGGUGAAUGUGGGCAUCAUGUGGUUGAACGAAGAGUGGUACAAUGACCGGGUACAGAUGCAGUUCACUGCCUCGCAGCGGAGGCCAGAGGACGAGGAAGCUACUGUGCCGCUGUUCUAUGACCACUGGGUCUUGAGACUCUUGGAUGGGUUCUUGCCAUAUAUCGAUUCACGAGACACCAAGAUCUUCAUCCGCUUCUUGAGUGAGAUUCCGGAGGUGACAAUACCCAUCACACAGCGGGUCGCUAGUCUUGCCAAGGACCCCGAGCGUGUCAAUCUAUGUGUUCAAUCACUACUGUAUCUAAUUAUGUUUCGACCACCGGCCCGCGAGAUAUGUCUCAAUGCCUUGGAGCAUGUAUACGAGACCUAUGAGGAAUCACGCCCCGCUGCUGGCAAGGUGCUGGCCAAAUGGCGCCCCAAGGCAGCGCAGCCACAGCAAGAACAGCAAACGACACUGGCGAGUCGCGGUGCCACAUCAGGGAACAGCGCGGCUCCUGUUGGUAGUGCUUGAGACACUUGAUAGAACCUGUACAGCUUAUGGAUCAUCCCGUUGCUCGAAGGAAGCUUAACCUGGACUUUCCGGAAUGGAUUAUCACAUUGUGCCAAUAGACGAUCUCUCAAUCAUGUAAUUUACAACCUUUAAUUUAGUGCCUGUAGUU